UGUUCUUGAGUCUGCAUCCUGAUCAUUGCGGUUGUUUUUUGUGUUCUAUCUGAUGUUUGCCCGAGUUGGUGCAGCCCGGGUAGCUACUGCCCGUGUGGGUAGAGAGCAGGUCUCGUUUGAAAGCAUUGAACUUCUAUAUAUGACUGCACCUCACUCCGGAACUGGUUGGUUUCCUCUCAACCUCAACCUCGACCUCUGCGACCAACGCCCAACUCUCCAACUUUCCAACCAGAAUACACAACCACUUCCAUCAUACCUGCACCCGAACUAACAUCCAAGAUGUUCAAACGCCUGUGGGAUAACCUACCAAAAGAUCCGGCUUUCGAGCCGGAUCUUGCGAAGCUUGGCUACUUCAUCAACGACAUCGACGAGGUUCGCAACAUCGCGGAGCCCCAGUUCUACUACAAGUUCUUCCUCACUAAGAACAAUCGCUGGAACGAGCGCCAGCGCUUCGCCUUCCAUGAGGUCCUCGAGAAGGAGAUUCACUCGCGCCUCGAGGCCACCGGCCUUGCCAAGCUGCGCCUCCCCAUCGGCGCGGGUCCCGAGGGCGCCCACGUGCCCAUCUUUGCGAGCCAGGACCUGUCGUGCCGCUCCCGCGUCGUCAUCGUGGUCGGCGAGUCUAUCCAGGACCUGGGAGUGCUGGCCUAUCGCAUGGUUAGCGGUCCCGGUGGCGUCGGCGCCGGCUCGCUCGUCAACUUCGCCAAGGCCCUCGCAUCUCCGGAAGGCGGCGCGGCGCCGCCGGGCCUCGUGCUUGCCAACACGGGCCAGCUCUGGUGGUGGCCGCAGGGCCGCCGGGCGCUCAACGAGUGGAGCCGCGAUGCGGUCCCGAUGCCCAGCGCCGUGCACUAUGGCCACCCGACGCGCGAGGAGAACCGCGUCCCCGGCAACCACACACCGGCCCAGCAUGUCCGGUACCUGUUCAACGAGUUCCUACCUACGGCCCUAGGAGAGGGGGCCGUCGUCGACGUGAUCGGCAUCUGCGACGGCGCCGACGCCGUGCACAAGUUCCUCGACCAGGAGGACAACUGGGAGAAGUGGGGUCCCCGCCUCGGCUCGUUUGUUUCGCUGGGAGGCUUCUUCGACGGCACGCAGGGUCGCGUUGCCGGCCUCAAGGAGUUCCUGAGAGAUCGCGGCCGAGCCUAUAUCCUUUCCGACGAGCCGCUGGACAUACCCAUCUCUGGCGCCGAGGGCAACCCCAAGGUGGGCGCCUUCACGUCGUUUGGCUGUCCGGUCUACAGCUCGGGCGAGACCGGCAUCGGUGAGCUGAUCAUGAUCAAGGCCAUGGACUCGGUGCUCGCCUGGCUUCGGGAGGUGGCGCAGGAUCCCGACUAUACCAACCCGCAGGUCACCGUCACGUACAACAAUCUGGGCGAGGAGACCGGCGGAUGGGGUGGAGAGAACUUUGUCGAGUGGCGCGAGCCGAAGGGCAUCGACAAGGCUGACGAGAACGUCGAGGAGAUAAACGUGACUGACAAAGCCCCCAUGCAGGCCGAGGAGGCCAUCCAGCCGGUCGAAGAGAAGAUUGCGCAAGGGGCUGAGGACAAGAAUAAGGUCGAGCGGGUGCAGGAGGAGGUCAAGCAAAUCGAGGGUGGCGAGGACAGCAAGUGAAUGGUGGAGGAAAGACGCAAGAUCAGAGAAAGGAUCAAAGAAGAUAUCAAAGAAAUGGAGGAGAGGAUCAAGAACAAAAAAUAGCUGGCAAUGAAGGAGGAGGUCUAGCAGAUCAAGGAGGAAGCACAAUGGGCCAGGGAGGGGAAAUAAAAGGCGAACGUUAUAGGGCCUGUUAACAUGGCUGCCUCAGAUGGGUAGACUUGGCUCUAUCCUCCAGAUUACCGUACUCAUGGUCGAGUUGAGGCCAUAAUAUAUUCGGGAGUGACUGCCUAAUAUAUGGAAUUCUGAACGGGCUUGAUGCGGCCAAAAUAGCUGUUGGGUAGAGAACAAGAUUCUUGCAUUUUCGCG